CGCGGUGGUCGAGGGGGAUGGAGAAGCUGCGGCUGCUGAGCCUCCGUUACCAGGACUAUGUGACCCGUCACCCCGCCGCCACGGCACAGCUGGAGACCGCCGUCAGGGGGCUCAGCUACCUGCUGGCCGGUCGUUUCGCCGAUUCCCACGAGCUGUCGGAGCUGGUGUACUCGGCCUCCAAUCUGCUCGUGCUGCUGAACGAUGGGAUCCUACGGAAAGAGCUGCGGCAAAGACUACCCGUGUCACUGUCCCAGCAGAAGCUGCUCACGUGGCUGAGCGUGCUGGAAUGCGUGGAAGUGUUCAUGGAGAUGGGGGCUGCCAAGGUCUGGGGGGAGACGGGCCGCUGGCUCGUCAUCGUCCUCAUCCAGUUGGCUAAGGCCGUUCUGCGGAUCCUGCUGCUGCUCUGGUACAAGACGGGCAUCCAGACCUCACCCCCGAUCGUGCCCCUGGAUCGGGAGGCGCAGCUGCACCCCCGAGGUGGUGAACGCGGCCCCGGCAGCCAGGAACGCUCUUACGUGGGGAAGCGGUCGAGCCGAGUGAUGCGAUCUCUGCAGAGCACUCCGUCCUUGCAUUCGCGGCACUGGGGGGCCCCCCAGCAGCGGGAGGGACAGCGGCAGCAGCAGCAGCACCAGCGGGAGGAGGAGUUGAACGCGAGCCCCACCCCCCUGGGCCACCGGGAGACCGUCGCCGAGUCGGUGUUUAUCGCCCGGCCCCUCCUGCACCUGCUGAGCUUGGGCCUUUGGGGGCAACGGUCCUGGAAGCCCUGGCUUCUCUCCGGCGCUCUGGACUUGACCAGCCUGAGCCUUCUGAGCCACACCAAGGGGCUGACCCGGCGGGAGCGGUUGGAGCUACGCCGACGGACCAUCCUGCUGCUCUACUACCUGCUGCGCUCCCCCUUCUACGACCGCUUCUCUCAGGACAGGAUCCUCUUUCUGCUGCGACUGCUGGCCGAUUACGUUCCCGGAGUUGGCUUGGUCACUCGGCCACUGAUGGAUUAUUUGCCUGCCUGGCAGAAAAUUUAUUUCUACAACUGGGGCUGACUGGUGGAGCCUCCUCCCCUCCCCCCAACCGAAGCCAGAGGGAGCAGGGAGCUGCUGGGGGUGGGAGGGAGAGGACCCCACCCCAACCCUCCCUCAGCUCCGCUGCCCUGGAAUAAAGCUGCCCUGUUAGUCGUC